UAAUAAUCGCUAAAAUAUUAUUUCACUUCAAUGUUGAAUUUAACUGUUAAUUUAAAGGUUCUUGUGCUAUUCGUAAUUAGAGGUUAAACUGCGAUAAACUUUAACCUGUUGCUUGCGUCCAUGCGGUUAAAUAAACACUUAUAUGCAUUCAUUCUCAUAGUUUCUUUAGCAUUUGUUCCAUAACAUACUAUUACUGCAAACACAAACGUCGGAUUACCAAGUGGUUUUUAGGAAAAACUCAAACAUGAGUACUGCAGCACUCCAUGCCAACUUAUGGGAUUUCGAUCCUGAAUUAUUUGAUCUUAUUAAAAAGGAAAAAAAUCGACAAUUGUCAGGACUAGAAAUGAUUGCCAGUGAAAAUUUUACAUCUUUGCCAGUACUGCAGUGCUUAAGCACCUGUCUACAUAAUAAAUAUAGCGAAGGUCUUCCAGGACAAAGGUAUUAUGGAGGAAAUGAAUAUAUUGAUCAAAUUGAAAUAUUAUGUCAGAAAAGGUGUUUAGAAGCGUAUAAACUUGAUCCAGAGUUGUGGGGUUGCAAUGUUCAGCCUUAUUCAGGUUCUCCAGCUAAUUUAGCUGUUUACACUGGAAUUGUAGAACCUCAUGGCCGAAUAAUGGGUUUAGAUUUACCGGAUGGUGGUCAUUUAACACAUGGAUUUUUUACACCAACCAAAAAAAUUUCUGCCACUUCUAUUUUCUUUGAAAGUAUGCCAUACAAGGUUCAUCCAGAAACCGGACUCAUUGAUUAUGAUAAAUUAGAAGAAACGGCUCGUUUGUUUAAACCUAGAGUUAUUGUUGCAGGGACUUCAUGCUAUUCACGUUGCUUGGAUUAUAAGCGUUUUCGACAAAUUGCAGAUAUCAAUGGUGCAUAUUUAUUUUCUGAUAUGGCGCAUAUUUCAGGACUUGUAGCAGCAGGCAUUAUCCCAAGUCCAUUCGAAUACAGUGAUGUAGUGAGUACAACAACUCACAAGACACUUAGAGGUCCUAGGGCAGGAGUAAUUUUCUUCCGUAAAGGUGUAAGAUCUGUUAAAGCAAAUGGAGACAAAGUGAUGUAUGAUUUAGAAUCUCGAAUAAAUCAGGCAGUUUUUCCUGGGUUGCAAGGAGGACCCCAUAAUAAUGCAAUAGGUGCUAUUGCCACUGCCAUGAAGCAAGCAAAAAUGCCAGAAUUUAUAAACUACCAAAAGCAGGUUGUGGCAAAUGCAAGAAAGUUAUGCGAUGAACUGAAAGCUCGUGGAUAUAAAAUAGCAACAGAUGGUACAGAUGUUCACUUAGUUCUAGUAGAUUUGAGACCUGUUGGUAUUACUGGUGCAAGAGCAGAAUAUAUUUUGGAAGAAGUCAAUAUAGCAUGUAAUAAAAAUACUGUUCCUGGUGAUAAAAGUGCUCUUAAUCCAAGUGGCAUCAGAUUAGGAACACCUGCACUUACAACAAGAGGUCUUGUUGAGAAGGAUAUGGAGCAAGUAGUUGAUUUUAUUGACAAGGCUUUACUGUUAUCAAAAGAGAUAACCGCUAUUUCUGGACCAAAAUUAGUUGAUUUUAAGAAAGUUUUGCAUUCAGAUGAUGUUAUUCAGAAUAAAAUUAAAAAUUUGCGAAAUGAUGUUGCACAAUACAGCCAGAAAUUUCCUUUGCCUGGAUACCCUGAAUAUUAACUAUUAAGUAUUUCACACUAAAUCUAUAAAAUAAACAUGCAAAUUGUUUUAAAUGCAAAACACAUGUACAUGCAUACAUUUACA